GCGUGUCGACAGAUGUGGGGUGAAAGGUUGCUGGAUUACGCGCAAUCGCUGCGCGAGAUCGCGGAGCAGGGUGACAUCAGCGAGGACUGGCUGGUGAGUGCGUUCCUGAAGGGCAUGAGGUGCCCGAUGGGCGCGACCCACGUGCGCGGAUACCGCCCCAGGACGCUGGAUGAGGCGGUCAACUUGGUGACCCCACACGUCGGCGACUACGGAGAAGGGUACGGUGUC